UAUAUUGAUUCGUUUAAUAUAAAUAUCAUACCAUCGGCCAAAAAGCAGGCCAAAAGAUGAUGGGGAAGCGGCAUAGAUUUAUUUUUAUUUAUUUAUUAGCUUUACCAGUGGGAUUACUCGCUGAAAGUAAUGAGCCCAGUGAACAAGCAAAUGCUGCAGCAAGCGCUACUACCACCGGAGCGGGAAGUGCUUCAGUACAAGUUAUUGCAGCAGUUUCAACGAAUGCAAAAGGGGCAGGGAGCGCCGGAGGUUCUGCAAGUGCAAACGGCGCCGGCAGCGAAAAUCCAUCAAAUAAGUCUGAACCGACUGAACCUUGUAAGGACACCAAUGAUGACUACUAUUAUGAUGACUCAAUAGAACCCGCUUCUUCUGGAGCGCAAGCUGUUGCCUCUGUUCAAUCAUCUGGAAAUGCCCAAUCGUCUGCUUCUGCAACAGCGCAAGCAAAUGCAACAACCAAUAGGAGGAAAAGAAAAAGAAAGCCGCAAUCAACUCCUGGAUCCCAGAAUAAUUCAUCAAAUACGCCUAACAGCACUAUAGCAGAAAAAAAUAGUACGAAAUCAAAUAACACUAAGCCUUCUAAUGAACAGAAAAAUAAUAGUACUGCUAUAAAUAAAAAACCAAUAAACGGAACCAAACCUGAAGAUAAAAUAAAUGGUCAAACAAAUAAAACAGAAAGUAACAAAACACCGUCUAAUAGCAAAAAUGAAUCUAACGCAAAGGAUAAUUCUAAGACAUCAUCAAAACCCGAGCAUAAUAAACCAUCGAAAGAAAAAAAUAUUCAAAAUACGGAUAAAAAUAAGAAAUCUGGAGAAACUAAUAGUAAAGAAAACCAAAAUUUAGAAGGCUCAGAAGAAAAUAAUGAAAGCAAUAAUAGCAAUGAACCUGAAGAGAAAUCAAAAAAUAAAGAAAAUAAUAAAAAAGGCAAAAACGAUUCAGAAGAAACCCCACAGAAACGAAACCAAAAUAAAUCAGGUGAAGGUCAUAAACAACAUAAAAUACAAAGACAUAAAAAAGGACAUAAAAAUAGACAAACUGAUGAUUCUAAUGAAGACACUCGCAACGAUAAACAUUCUAAAAAACAUCGUCACAAAACGCCCAAAAAAUCUGAGCCUUCCUCGGAACAAAAUGAAAGUCAACCAUCCAGUGAAGAGAAUAAUAGUGGAAUUCAAGAAAAUAAAAUCAAAGAAAAUUCUGCUUCUAAAAUUCAUAGUAGGCCAAAUAGGUCUAGUAGGUCAGUAAAUGAUGAGCCAUGCGAAGAAGAAGUUUUAAAUGACUUCCGUAAAUUUGAAAAGGAGAAACAUAGUCAAAACCCCAAAGAAAAAAAAGAGGAACCAUGUGAAGAUGAAGUUCUUAAAGAGUUAGAAUCAUUAUCAAAUAAAAAGCCUAGCAAGCCUGAAAAAUCCAAGCCGGGCAAAGAUGGAUCUGGUAAGCCAGGAAAAGGAAACUCACCAAGUGAAGAACCCGAAGGUUCAAAUGAAUCAGGCAAGCCUAGCAAGCCUGGAAAAUCGAAGCCAGGGAAACAUGGAUCAGAAAAGCCAGGCAAAGGAAACUCACCAAGUGAAGAAAACAGUUCUGAAGAACCCGAAGGCUCAAAUGAAUCAGGCAAACCUAGCAAACCUGGAAAAUCCAAGCCGGGAAAACAUGGAUCUGGAAAGCCAGGCAAAGGAAACUCACCAAGUGAAGAAAACAGUUCUGAAGAACCCGAAGGCUCAAAUGAAUCAGGCAAGCCUAGCAAACCUGGAAAAUCCAAGCCAGGAAAACAUGGAUCUGGUAAGCCAGGAAAAGGAAACUCACCAAGCGGAGAAAACAGUUCUGAAGAACCCGAAGGCUCAAAUGAAUCAGGCAAGCCUAGCAAACCUGGAAAAUCCAAACCGGGAAAACAUGGAUCUGGAAAGCCAGGCAAAGGAAACGCACCAAGUGAAGAAAGCAGUUCUGAAGAACCCGAAGGCUCAAAUGAAUCAGGCAAGCCUAGCAAACCUGGAAAAUCCAAGCCGGGAAAACAUGGAUCUGGAAAGCCAGGCAAAGGAAACUCACCAAGUGAAGAAAGCAGUUCUGAAGAACCCGAAGGCUCAAAUGAAUCAGGCAAGCCUAGCAAACCUGAAAAAUCCAAGCCGGGAAAACAUGGAUCUGGAAAGCCAGGCAAAGGAAACUCACCAAGUGAAGAAAGCAGUUCUGAAGAACCCGAAGGCUCAAAUGAAUCAGGUAAGCCUAGCAAACCUGGAAAAUCCAAGCCGGGAAAACAUGGAUCUGGAAAGCCAGGCAAAGGAAACUCACCAAGUGAAGAAAGCAGUUCUGAAGAACCCGAAGGCUCAAAUGAAUCAGGCAAGCCUAGCAAACCUGGAAAAUCCAAGCCGGGAAAACAUGGAUCUGGAAAGCCAGGCAAAGGAAACUCACCAAGUGAAGAAAGCAGUUCUGAAGAACCCGAAGGCUCAAAUGAAUCAGGCAAGCCUAGCAAACCUGGAAAAUCCAAGCCGGGAAAUCAUGGAUCUGGAAAGCCAGGCAAAGGAAACUCACCAAGUGAAGAAAGCAGUUCUGAAGAACCCGAAGGCUCAAAUGAAUCAGGCAAGCCUAGCAAACCUGGAAAAUCCAAGCCGGGAAAACAUGGAUCUGGAAAGCCAGGCAAAGGAAACUCACCAAGUGAAGAAAGCAGUUCUGAAGAACCCGAAGGUUCAAAUGAAUCUGGCAAGCCUAGUAAACCUGGAAAAUCCAAGCCAGGCAAACAUGGAUCUGGAAAGCCAGGCAAAGGAAACUCACCAAGUGAAGAAAACAGUUCUGAAGAACCCGAAGGCUCAAAUGAAUCAGGCAAGCCUAGCAAGCCUGGAAAAUCCAAGCCAGGAAAACAUGGAUCUGGAAAGCCAGGCAAAGGAAACUCACCAAGUGAAGAAAACAGUUCUGAAGAACCCGAAGGCUCAAAUGAAUCAGGCAAGCCUAGCAAACCUGGAAAAUCCAAGCCGGGAAAACAUGGAUCUGGAAAACCAGGCAAAGGAAACUCACCAAGUGAAGAAAACAGUUCUGAAGAACCCGAAGGCUCAAAUGAAUCAGGCAAGCCUAGCAAACCUGGAAAAUCCAAGCCGGGAAAACAUGGAUCUGGAAAACCAGGCAAAGGAAACUCACCAAGUGAAGAAAACAGUUCUGAAGAACCCGAAGGCUCAAAUGAAUCAGGCAAGCCUAGCAAACCUGGAAAAUCCAAGCCGGGCAAACAUGGAUCUGGUAAGCCAGGCAAAGAUAACUCACCAAGUGACGAAAACAGUUCUGAAGAACCCGAAGGCUCAAAUGAAUCAGGCAAGCCUAGCAAACCUGGAAAAUCCAAGCCAGGAAAACAUGGAUCUGGAAAGCCAGGCAAAGGAAACUCACCAAGUGAAGAAAACAGUUCUGAAGAACCCGAAGGUUCAAAUGAAUCUGGCAAGCCUAGUAAACCUGGAAAAUCCAAGCCAGGCAAACAUGGAUCUGGAAAGCCAGGCAAAGGAAACUCACCAAGUGAAGAAAACAGUUCUGAAGAACCCGAAGGCUCAAAUGAAUCAGGCAAGCCUAGCAAACCUGGAAAAUCCAAGCCAGGAAAACAUGGAUCUGGUAAGCCAGGCAAAGAUAACUCACCAAGUGACGAAAACAGUUCUGAAGAACCCGAAGUCUCAAAUGAAUCAGGCAAGCCUAGCAAACCUGGAAAAUCCAAGCCAGGAAAACAUGGAUCUGGAAAGCCAGGCAAAGGAAACUCACCAAGUGAAGAAAACAGUUCUGAAGAACCCGAAGGUUCAAAUGAAUCUGGCAAGCCUAGUAAACCUGGAAAAUCCAAGCCGGGAAAACAUGGAUCUGGAAAGCCAGGCAAAGGAAACUCACCAAGUGAAGAAAACAGUUCUGAAGAACCCGAAGGCUCAAAUGAAUCAGGCAAGCCUAGCAAACCUGGAAAAUCCAAGCCAGGAAAACAUGGAUCUGGUAAGCCAGGCAAAGGAAACUCACCAAGUGAAGAAAACAGUUCUGAAGAACCCGAAGGUUCAAAUGAAUCUGGCAAGCCUAGUAAACCUGGAAAAUCCAAGCCAGGAAAACAUGGAUCUGGAAAGCCAGGCAAAGGAAACUCACCAAGUGAAGAAAACAGUUCUGAAGAACCCGAAGGUUCAAAUGAAUCUGGCAAGCCUAGUAAACCUGGAAAAUCCAAGCCAGGCAAACAUGGAUCUGGAAAGCCAGGCAAAGGAAACUCACCAAGUGAAGAAAACAGUUCUGAAGAACCCGAAGGCUCAAAUAAAUCAGGCAAGCCUAGCAAACCUGGAAAAUCCAAGCCAGGAAAACAUGGAUCUGGUAAGCCAGGCAAAGAUAACUCACCAAGUGACGAAAACAGUUCUGAAGAACCCGAAGGCUCAAAUGAAUCAGGCAAGCCUAGCAAACCUGGAAAAUCCAAGCCAGGAAAACAUGGAUCUGGAAAGCCAGGCAAAGGAAACUCACCAAGUGAAGAAAACAGUUCUGAAGAACCCGAAGGUUCAAAUGAAUCUGGCAAGCCUAGUAAACCUGGAAAAUCCAAGCCGGGAAAACAUGGAUCUGGAAAGCCAGGCAAAGAUAACUCACCAAGUGAAGAAAACAGUUCUGAAGAACCCGAAGGUUCAAAUGAAUCAGGCAAUCCUAGCAAACCUGGAAAAUCUAAGCCAGGAAAACAUGGAUCUGGUAAGCCAGGGAGAGGAAACUCCCCUAGUGACGAUAGCACUAGUAGUAGUUCUGAAUCUAGUGAUUCGUCAUCUAGUAGUUCCGAAGAUUCAAAUAGUUCGGAUAUUUCCAGUCCCCGUAAUAAACAGAAACCCAGGAACAAAACACCAGGUAAAAAUACCUCCUCCAGCGAAGAUAGUUCGUCUUCAUCUUCAUCAUCUGAUACUGAUGAAUCUGAUGAACCUUCAAUUCCUACCAAAAAUAAUCCUAGCCGAGGUAACAUCGAUUCCGCUGAAAAAUAUUAUAGGAACAUUAAAAAUAUUAUAGAAUUGUACCUUAGAAAUGGAUUGGGAAAUAGUAAAAAUGCAAAUAAAGGAGAUGUGGAUAAGCUUAUUAACCUUUAUAUUCUAGCAAUAAAAGCAAACCAUAAUAGGGCAACUAAAGAGGACAUACAGAAUAUCAUACAGUUGUACGUUCAUGGAGUUACAGGAAGCGGCGGUAAAAUCGAUAUCGCCGAGUUGAACAAUUACCUUAAAAAACUUAAUUUACCCGAAGGAUCACCAUUGUUAUUAAAGAAAUAUUACACGUAUAUUUUAGACCUUGAAAAGAACGGCAAACUGAAAAAACCAAUUAAGACAGAAAAACCAAAACGCUCCAAUUCACCAUCACUGCUUAGCAGUAUUUUAGACAUAUUUGAUCACAAUGCACGUCAACCAAGUAAUAAGGGAUUACCUGUGAAUAUCACAAGACCUGCAUCAAACCGUACAAGCAUACCUCUACCCAAAUCUGGUAAUAUAACGAACCAUCCUAAGAACAUCGAACAGAUAAUACAAACGUGUAAUACAAUUUUAAGUCGACAUCAACAAUCGUCGAUCAAACGUAGAAGAUACCUCCUCAUGCCCCAACUUGAAAUAUCAGGUAAAGAGAAUUCCCAUACGAGGAGAUUGCAUUCUGCAGGAGUGCGACUUUGCCCUUGUCCCGUUAAUAAUAAGAAAAUAAAAGUAUAGAAAUCGAAAAAGAUACAUACAGUAUCAUACAGACCUUGGCAAACGUAAAAAGGGAAUAUAUGAAUUGCUAUUUUUAUAUUGUAUUUAUUAAAGGUUGUUUAUUACAUUAAAUAUAUUGAGCAUCCAAAAAUCCA